UUGACUGCCCUUGUGGCGGAAACCCCGAGUUUUUUUUUUUUUGUUUUUUUUGCGGAAACCCAAAGCAUUCUUUCCUGCCUGUAUCAACCUUCUUUUUUUCUGCUUUGUUACGCGACUCCUUGGCCUCAUCUUGGGUAAGCUUUUCCUUUUGAGCCUACUCGUUAGGGGAUUCUGCUUCCUGGUCAAUCAUGCCACGAUCGCCACCACCGCCACCUACAGGCAGGGAUAGCAAUUUGACCCCAUAGCUAGCGCCUCUUCUGGUAUUACGGUAACAAUCCUGAUCCUGCCCGCGCGAAGUCACCGCGGCCCCUCUCCUAGGAGCGGAGAGACCACCAACGAUCUUCCUCCCCGCGGUAGUUGAAAAGCCGCUUCGAUCUGUGCCCAUACAUGCCCCCACGAGGCUGACUGCCGUCAGCCGCGAUCCUCAGUGAUAUCACAAGAAGGAUAGAUGGCAGAACGGGAGACUGAAGAAAUUAUUGGCGACACAUAUCAAGAGCAUGAUCAAGGCUAUGACGAGCUUAUGCCACAUAACCCCGUGAAAUUACUGCACAAGUACCACCUGCUGCUUUUGAUAUUGGCAUUCGGCACGUCUGUUAUUUUACAAGCUGUCCUUCGAUCUGAAGGAAUGGUGGGAUUUAAGACAGCUCUUGCAGAUUUCAACAUACUCUUGUUUGUUAUGGGGCUGAUGAAUUCAUUAGUGUGGAUGUGCUCUCGGAAGUCCAUAUUUGCUGGUCUGGAGACCUACUUCAGGGCUGCUGCUGUAGUGCUUGAAGAUUAUGUUCUCUUAACAACGCUCAACAAAAGGUACAUCGAAAUGGUUACCAUCCCGCUUAUGAUCUUUGCCUUCAUUGCUGCACUUUGGUUCACACUCCCUGUGCCGAAGUUAGGCACACAGAAUGAGUAUCGAAGUGGAGAGAUUUCAUUGGAAAAAGAGAAAGAAAGCAGCUACCAAAGUGAAGAGAAUCUCUUGAAGAAAGAUGCACAGAGCCAGUACCAAAGUAAAGAGGUUCCCUUGGAAGAAAAUACACAGACCAAGGACCAAAAUGAAGAGGUUCGCUUGGAAGGAUAUACACAGAGCGAGUAUGAAAGUGGAGAGAUUUCCUUAGAAAAAGAUCACCUUCCUUCAAUGCAUAGAGAGUACCAGAGUGAAGAUAGUCUCUUGAAAAAAGACACACAGGGUGAGAAGCAAAGUGAAGAGGUUAACCGGGAAGAAGAUACACAGAGCCAGUACCAAAGUGAAGAGGUCCCCUUGGAAGAAAAUACACAGACCGAGGACCAAAAUGGAAGUGGAGAGGAUCCCGUAGAAAAAUGCACACAAUGGGAGUUGAUGAAAGUAGCAAUGGUACCUCAUUUUAUACAGUUGUCAUUGGGAGUAUGGUUUCAAUCCAAAGGACAACUAGAAGACGGCAUUUUUAUUGUCUCCAAUUUUCUUCUGUUCUUCAGUUCGGCACUAUGUGCACUAACAGUGAUGAUGGCCUCACCGCCCAUUGGACUCAACCCUGGUGUUGUAGUACAGGUGCUGCCGGUGAUGCAUAAGACCAGCAUUAUAAUGCUCAUGAUGACAGCUCACGCAAUGGCCGCAGAAUGGCUUCGGGAGGAUAUCGUAUUUGUUUGCGUGCCGGAGCUUGCUGCACUGCUUGCAUGGUUCAAUGUUUAUCUUUGUCAUCCUGAGCAUGGGGUGAGCAUAAAAGUUGCCACGUCGCGCAGAUCGUGCGUCAUCGUUCUCGGCUCAGUUGGAGCUAUUCUGAUAUGCUUGGCCUCCUUCUAUGCAGAGGACAGGAUAAUUCUGACGUCUAUGCUCAGAAGGGUGCUUUGCAUCGCUAGCUGCUCGUCAGCUCUUUGUUACUUACACCUGUGGCUGCUACAUCAAUGGCCAGCGAGCACACCAGACUCUAACGGACUAGUCCAUCUGCUAAAGUUUUGUUCGGAAAUCAGCUUGUAUGUAGCAGCCAGUAUGCUGUGCUUUGAUCAACAGAUCCUGCAUGAGUCGAUGGCUGCAGCACAUUUUAUGUUUACUUCUCGGCUGAUGCAGCAUCUUUUGUUAAUUCUUUGGGAGAACGUGGAGGAUCUUUUGUUAGAUUUUGAGGAGAAGAUGCAGGAACCUUGGAGGGAAGCUUUCGGGUCAAUACUGGCCAUAGUGCUAACGCUGCUGGCUAUAUAUACUGAGAACAUUCCAGGAGUUAAAUGGAAUCAACACCUACAAAUCAAGAAUAAGAGGAGGCCACGCUUGACCCCGGACAUAAGCAUGCUCCAGGGCAGGGUUGAUGUAGUGGAUAAAAGUUUCAACAAGCUGAUGCCGCAGGAUAUUAUUGUCUCCCUGGACCUCCCCUUCAUCCGUGUCACACUGAACGGCAUCGUGUAUUGGCUCCACCGCUUCUCUGAACAUGCGGACGCCAAUAACGUCGACGUCGCGACAGCGCACAACCAGGGUAUCAAGGAAUGGUUUGAACAAGCAAGUCAACACCACGACGCCGAGCUUAUUCAUGAAGUCCAGUCAGGCUUCGACAAGGUGACCGACGAGGUGACCGAGCAUAUACUACCGCCGGACGCCAACCCGCAGCUGACGGGGCUCUACACGGACAGCUGCAGCCUGGACGAACAGAGGAAAUACUAUUUACAGAAGAUGAUGGCUGGUGCGGGCACCGAGAGACGCGAGGUGGUAUGCAUCUUUCCGAUGGACGACCUCGAGAAGACGGAGCUCGCCUUUGAGGUAUGUGAGCGCAUCAAAGGGAAAUUCAGUUGCCACGUGUCGGUGUCGGCAGGCUGGAAGCCAGACAUGCCCAAGUUGAUCAUGAAUAUGAUAAAACAAGUGGACAGCCAGCACAUAGGAACAGGUGAUGCUGGCGAUGUGGAUCAAUUGACUAAGAGUCUGAAGCAGCUUUUGCAGAAUCACAGCUAUCUUGUUAUGAUUGAUGAUUUACGGAGUACUGAUCAAUGGAUGGCAAUGGAGUCUUGUUUUCCGGAGAACAAUCUGGGUAGUCGGAUAAUUAUCACGACAAGAAUUGAGGAUGCUGCAAAGGCUGGUGGCCCUGUUCCUGUUGAAGCCGAGGUGGAAACUUUGUUUUCCCGCAAAGUUUCUGGAAGUAUGAGUGGCGUUUUCGACAACAAGCCACAAACAAAAGAUGCAUGUGAGCGGUCAGGACUGCAACGGGUGGAACUAGAACAGAUGAAACAAUUCAUCAAAGUUACAUACAAUAGCCUAUCUCCAGAUCUCAGGGCAUGUCUGCUGUACCUAAGCAUAUUUCCAGCGAACCAUGAGAUUGACAUAGAGCGUCUUGUGAGGCUAUGGCUUGCAAAUGGGUUCAUCCGAAGACGGGAAAACCAUUCCAUGGAGGAUACAGCAGGAUGCCACAUCCACGAGCUCAUUGCCAGAAAACUUAUCAAGCCAUCGCAGUGGAGCCAUGAUGGCACCCCUAGGAGUUGCACAGUUCAUCGAGUAAUACACGAAUUCAUUGUUUGGCAGGCCACGAAAAAUAAAUUUGUCUGUUUGAUACAUGCGGAGCAACGAGGUGCCUCACUCUCACCCAGCAACCCCGCUGUCCGAUGGCUAUCUCUGCAGAACAGCACUAAACUAGAUAUUGGAGCGGACUUAUCUUAUGUUCGCUCAGUCACCGUCUUGGGUAAAGCUAGUGCCUUGCCUCCACAGACUAAAUUGAGUUCAAAGCGACUGCGAGUGCUAGACCUCGAAGGCUGUGAAGGUGCAGUGCUCCUUGAUGGCCUCUGGGAGUUGCUGCACCUGAGGUACUUGAGCCUUCGGGGAACAGAUAUCAGUGAGCUCCCGGAAAAGAUUGCGGAACUUAUAUACCUGCAAACACUGGACGUGAGAUCCACAAAGGUAAAAGAGCUACCUCCAAGCAUUGUCGGACUGGAAAAUCUUAUGCAUUUGCUGGCGGGAAACGCCAAGUUACCCCAUGAGAUAAGCAAGAUGAAGGCGCUGGUAACAUUGUCGUGCGCCAACAACAGGAGUUGGGGGAGUUCUGCGAGUGUCCUGAAAGAGCUGGGUGAAAUUGCCAACUUAAGAGAACUGGAAUUAUUUUGUGAGGUUACUCAAAGUUCAGGGGACAAAAAACAUAUGCCCGACGAUGAGAAACAAGUCGUAUUUAUGCGAGAUGGGUUUCAAACUCUUAACAAGCUGCAUAUACAAGGCAGCUUUCCAUCUCUGAGCUUUAAAAUCGGUGCCUUGCCAAAUGUCCAAGUGCUUGAGCUAAAUUUCGAGAAGGGACACCCAGAGGAGUCAGCUGGUGUGUCUGGCAUAGAGCAUCUGCUAAGCCUGGAGCAUGUUCUCCUUGAAUUUUCGCACCAUGGUGGAGGCACCACGGCGACCUAUGCUGCAGUGAAGGAGGCUGCAAAGAUCCACCCUAAUAAACAUCUAAAGGUGACUAUUUGUUCAUAAGAGUGACUAAUAUGGUUUUGGAGCAUUGUGUAAAUUUGUUUGCGAGCAUGGUAAAUAUGCUACGCAUUUUUAUUACAAACAAUGCAAGGAGUUUGUUCAUUUGUAAGUUGUAACAAAAUCAUGUAAAGGUGGUGUUUUCUCACUCACUGUUUGGUGUAACACUCUUGAUUAAAUAAAAGAUCACAACCAUUAGCGCGUUCAAUGCCUCGAGGGAUAGGUAUGAUUACUGAGAUUGCUAGAAAGUUGGUAAUAUGAUUUCUGAAUAAACAAGCUGGUGGGUCCUGUACUCCUAUCCAACUUGCAUAAAAGUGGUGUAGGAUGUUUUAGCUCGUUUGCAUAAGUAAACUGGAAGAAGAAGA